GUAUUACUUCUCAGCUGCUGUUCAGGAGAGCGCGGUAUAACAAUAGCCGGCAUCUGCAGUGGUUAAUUAUGACGUUAAAGUAAACGGUUCACUCAAAUUUUGACACUGACAAAUAAGCAUAGCAGUACUGUUCGUGCCGCUCCUCCACGCGUUAUUCGAGCGGGAAGCCGCACGCUGACGGACGUAUGUGAACGUGCGUGCACCAGGCUCGCGACGACAUGAUGGAGCGCGCCUCACCGACACCGUGACGGCACUUUGGCUUACCGCGAUAUUGACUGCGGCUUGAAACCCCAAAAAGAUUUUUUUGUUGUUGUUUCGUUCUUCACUCUUUUUCCGCAUUUUUUGGUUUAAACAGACUUCUCUACCGCCCACGUAGCGCCCUCUAGGCAGCCCUCCGAGCUUCCCGGAAGAGCCUCGCGUCCAAAGCAGCCCUCGGUUAGUGAGACCUCCAGGAAAAGGCCGAGGAUGGCGUUGUUGUGAAGGCCGCACAACCGACAACGCCCGCAAACACACACUUGUCCGCAAAAAAAUUCAACAUGUUUGGUUCAUCGAGGUCUGGAGGCGUGCGAGGAGGACAGGACCAGUUCAACUGGGACGAUGUUAAAACGGACAAGCACAGAGAGAACUACCUGGGGAACUCCCUCAUGGCCCCAGUGGGCCGUUGGCAGAAGGGUCGUGAUCUCACGUGGUACGCCAAAGACAAGGGCAGAGCAGGCAGAUCCAGGGAGCAUGAGCUUGCUGCUGUGCGGCAGGCAGAGCAGGAUGCCAUGAUGGCAGCCCUGGGCUACAAGAACUUAAAAAGACAACCAACUGGUCUUACUAAAGAGGAUUUGGCUGAUAUGUGCAGGAGAGAAGAGGUGGAGGGUGACACCAGAGAUGUGGAUCGUGUCUCCGGUCUAGGAAGUUCCAGUGCGGGCGCGAGGAAAGCCAUACUCUCCAAGCAGGAAAAGGAAGCAGUAAAACUAGGAUUACCUGUUUUUACACAUCACAGAUCUGAGGGUGUUCAGGAAACCUCCAGCAACAAACCGUAUGAGAACAAGGGCAAAGUUGUUGAAGAAGUCAGCCCAGUGCCUCAGGUCAGCAAAAAGAAGAAAGUAAAAAAGGAAAAGAAGAGUAAAAAGGAUAAAAAGAAGAAGAAAGACAAAAAAAGUCACCGCAGAAGAGAUUCUUCCUCUUCAGCCUCGGAGUCAGAAGAUGUCAGCAGAAGGAGGAGAAAAGACCACCAUCAUCCUCAUCCAUCAUCAAGGCGGCAGAGUGGAGCCAGACCUCAUGACAGCUAUUCAGCAUCGGGGGCAAAGGCCGAGGCCCGACCUUCCUCUUCACCCAGCCAGCGACGGCAAAGGAAUCGCCAUGACACAGAUACAUCCUCUGAUGGGGGCUCUCCUGCCCCUGGCCCCCACGCCAGUCGGCCACCAGUCCGACCCCCUGCAGCACGAGGACAGAAGCGGCGCCAUGACACCGACUCGGACAACUAGCAGGAUGCAGAGGGAAGAGCAGGUUCACGGGGUGCUGGAGCUCCUUGUAGUGCGGCAGCUCACUGACUGAGGGAAGCUUUACCCAAAGCGCUCUGGUUUCUAUAGGAUGUGCUGGACCCACUUCUCAACCGACCAGUUGUCUUUUUACCUACUGACUGACUCACUGUGUGAAAGACAGUAGGAAAGCAGAUCUUGCCAUGAUUUUUAGCACUGUUGUUGGUUUUAAUUUGUCGUUUUUGUUGAAAUAGUUAGGCUGAUUAUAGGUAUUUAAGGCUUUUGCAUCUUGCUUUGUAAAUCUGCAUCAUAGUAUUUAAACUACAGUGGCCUGUAUUAAAAAUACCAGGGACUUAUUUUUUACUGUUGGUAUAAUUUGCAACUGACUCGCCUGUUUGUACAUGAAUGUCACUUUGACCUUGAUUAGUGACUCCCCAGUUGUAUGGAGCACAUCCUCAGGCUCUUCUGGAAUACACUGUUGAGCUGUUUAUAAUUAUAGACUAAUUGUGCACUACUUUCUUGGAGAGCGAUGUUUCAUGAGUUUUGUCCUUAAGAUUAAAUGUCUUGU